GGGAUUUAAAGCACAUCACAUGCUCAGACCGGGCAGCGGGGCGCUCUGCCAUAACAAGCAAACUACUGCAAAAAAAAAAAAAAAAAAAAUCCAAGCUGGAGAGGAAAACUAUUCAUCCCGACAAGACAGGCGAAAACAUUUAAUACACACCGCGAUGCCAGCGAACUUGUGGGGAGUUUAGGAUCGCCAGAGACUUGUUUUUUUUUUUAAAGAGACUGACUAGAAGAGGGAAAGUUUUGAUUCCGUGGAGAAAACUGACCGCCGGAGAUUUGGGACAAAGAUGACGCACAAAUACAGCCAGCGGUCUCUAAUAGUUCUGUCUUUACUGGGGAUUUUAUCUGCCAUCAUGUCCGUUUUAUCGGUCAUUUUGAUUUUCCAGCUCCAGUCCCAACAGGCGUCGGUGAGGGAGUCUCCCCCCUCGACCUCCUCGCUCAUACCCGCUCAUGUCUGGGCCGUCCUGCUGCCGGUCUCCACGGUGCUCUCUGCUCUGUCCCUCACCCUCAACCUAAGCUCUGUGGUGGUGUGUCUCCUUCACAGCUAUUUUUCCACAGAGGUCUGCAGAGGAGAGCAGGAUACUGAGAGAGCGGACUGGUUCCUUUUGGACAGCAGAGCUGUACGACAUGUGGCUAUUGGACUUUUCUGUCUGGGGGUUUCUGUCUACCUGACAGCUAUGUCCAUCUUUAUGCUCCUAAUAUUUGAGGUGGAGACGGGUAUUGCCAGUGCCUGUGUCCUCUCCUCAGGGAUUCUGAUCCUGCUGUUCGUUGUAAUCCACUCUCUGGUCAAAGCCUCCCGCAGUGCUAAGCACUAUCACAGUGACCACCUCGACACUCUCUACCACAAUGACCACGGAAGAAGCAGCACGCCUGUAUCUCGGCCCUGCGAGCUUAAAAUUGGCGUGGACAAACCGCGGAUGCACCGCACCCAGUCUCACCUCCAGCAUCAGAUGUCCUACCCUCAAAGUGGCAACCCAAGACAGCGAGAUUACCAGCAACAGCAGUACUCUCCUGCUGGAGGCUCACAGGGCCAUGCUAGUGAAAAAGACGGCUACAGCAGCAGUGGCAGCUGUCCCCGGAUGCACAGGACCCUGUCUACUGAAUCUGGUUUACUGCAGGCCCAGGCUAAACCCUGGAACGGGGUCAACAACGAGAUGAGGAGUGUCCUUGCACGCAAGUCAGGGAUUUCUGCAAAAGACUCAACUCUUGUGUGACAUCAAGGAGGCUGAGGGUUUGACACUGAUAACUUUUAUGUGCGUCAAAAGAGGACUGCUAACACAAGUGUCAUCUCAAACAGAUUUAGAUCUGUCAGUUACUUUACACUCAGCAUGUUUAUCCUGCCUGAUCACAGACAACAUGGACUGAGAUUGAAAAACAUUACCCAGUUUUCACAGUUAUCAACUGAUUCUUCCUGUUGGGAUUGUGAAGCAUUUUUAAAAUGAUUUCAAGCAUAUUUUGUAUAAUUUGUAGUGUUUUGUAUCAAUGGGCUUGAUUUAAAUCUCAUCAAACACACCAAGUGUUGCCCAAGUAUCAAUCUGGCAAAUUUACAGCUUUCAUUUUAAAAAUGUAAAUAUGGCAGGUUUUUGCCAAAUAUUUGUGCACAAUGUUCAGAUGUGUGUUUUUUUUUUUUGUUGUUGUUGUUCAAAAUGAUUUCAUGUCAACCUUAAAUAAAUUUUGGGACAUAUUAAAAGUAGAAUGAUUUUGGACACUUAAAAUGGGAUAUUAAAACAAUGCUCACAAAAUCUAAAAAGGUCGUUUAACUGCACAUUUCACUCAUUCCUAACUGGCUGACAAAAGAUCGAGUGGGAUUUUGUCAUGUUAUGAUGAACU